CACGGGUCAGUUUCAACCAUUCAGCGCCCGGCCAUGGUGUUCUCUUACUGACGUGUCGGAUCUGGUUAUUACUGAGGAAAAACAGCUCUGUUUUUGAUGCUGUUCCUUUAACCACCAGACGCCAACAGGUAGAAAAAUGGCAGAACCCAGCAAGCAGGAAAUUUCUGCUAUUUUCAAGCGACUUCGCUCCAUCCCUACAAAUAAGGUCUGCUUUGACUGUGCAGCUAAAAACCCCAGCUGGGCCAGCAUCACCUAUGGGGUUUUUGUCUGCAUCGAUUGCUCUGGGACUCACAGGUCUCUGGGGGUACACCUGUCAUUUAUUAGGUCCACCGAGCUGGAUUUUAAUUGGUCAUGGUUCCAGCUAAGAUGUAUGCAAGUCGGAGGCAAUGCCAGUGCCAUUGCAUUUUUCAAUCAACAUGGAUGCAAAGCCAGCGCUGCCAACGCCAAGUACAACAGCCGAGCUGCACAGCUGUACAGAGAGAAGAUAAAGACUUUGGCCACACAAGCUACCAGGCGCCAUGGCACUGAGCUGUGGCUCGACAGUCAGGCUCCUCUAUCUCCAACAUCACCAGACGACAAGCAGGUGGAUUUCUUCAGUCUGCAUUCACAGGCUGUUCCUGAAAAUUUGAACAUGGGCAAAAUGAGUCUGAGCUCCUCUGCAUCAGAGAAACCUUUGGCCCCAGAAGAAGGUGAAGACCGCAAUGGUAACUUGGACGAAGGUCCCAAUGUGGAAAUGCUGAGUGUUUCUCCAAAAGCAAACCCAGAGCCUUCUUCUCUUCUUAAGAAGAAGCCAGCAGGUGCCAAGAAAACAUUGGCCUCAAAGAAGGGCGGUCUAGGCGCUCAGAAGGUAAGCAGCCAGAGCUUCUCGGAGCUGGAGAAGAAGGCUCAGGCUGCUGAUAAACUCAGAGAGAAAGAAGAGAACUCUGCUGCUGCCAAGAAAAAUAUUACACCUGAGGAGUUCAUUGCUCCAUCCAUGCGGCUGGCUUACAAAGAACUUGAGCAGCAGAGGAAAAUCGAGGAGCAGAAGUUGAAAGGAUUAGAGGGGAAGAAGAAGGAGCAAGCUGAGAGACUGGGCAUGGGUCUAGGCAUGAGGAGUGGAGUUUCUCACUCUGUGACAUCAGACAUGCACAUCAUCCAGCAGGACAAUCCACAGGGAGCAAAGGCCACCAGAGGACGACGAUUUAUAGAUGAGGAUGAUGAUGAAGGGUCCUUCAGCUCUAGGGUUUUGUCCCGCUUUGAGGACCAAACUGAAACCUCAGAGAGUUUCUCUUCACGGUGGGGUGAUGGAGACGAUGGAAGAGGCUGGAUGAAAGAGAGCAAGAAAUCAGAGCCAGACUUCUUCUUGUCCUCCACUAUAACGUCACUUGAUGACAGACCCACAACCAGGAGGAAGCCAGAAGCAGCACCGGUCUCAGACACGGGAGAAGCUCGGAAAAAAUUUGGAGAUGAUGUCAAAGCCAUCUCGUCUGACAUGUACUUUGGAAAACAAGACAGCUCUGAGUAUGAGGCCAAAACCCGACUGGAGAGAUUUGCUGGGAGUGCCUCCAUUAGUUCAGCAGACCUGUUUGAUGACCCAAAGAAACAGAGUGCGAGUUCAUACCGUCUGAGUAACGUGCUUCCCAGCGCUCCCGACAUGUCACAGCUCAAACUGGGAGUGCGUUCAGUUGCAGGAAAACUUUCAGUCAUGGCCAGCGGCGUAGUUAGCUCAAUCCAGGAUCACUACAGCUCCUGAGUAAACAUGUUGGAUUCAACAUGUAUAGUUAUCCUCUAUUUGACAGUUAGAUUACAUUUCUAGUGGGUAGUCAUCUUGGGAGAAAUGAGAGGAGAAACUUUAAUCAAUGCUAUGACCAAGUCUCCAGAAUUUACCUGUAUAUUGUAUAUCUAUAUCUAGUUUUUUAUUAGAUGAUGUAUAUACAAAGUCAUAGUCAUUCGGAUCAAAUCAAAAUAAGCAGAGCACAAUAUUUUUCAGUGCAAUUAUUUCCCCCUGCAAACACCUUGAAGGGAGAUUUGUGUAUAUACAGGUAUGAAGAAAAUUCAGUUUGCAUUAUAUUAUGUAGUUUGUUUGGAGCUUUGGGGUUUUACAUAUAUAGAAAUGCUGAAUGUAGCAGUCCGAGAAGCAAUGAGGGGUGUCCGUUUGAUUCCUUUAGCUCUAUAAUUGCUUAAUUGGGUAACUCACUCUCACUCAUCAGUGCACUUUGUAGUGUUAUUGUUGUACUUUUCUUGCGCCCAUCCACGCAGGGUUGAAAGUGUCCUUUCUGUCCCCAAAGUGCACUUACAUUUGCUCUACCACAGGCAGGACCAAAAGCUGAUAAAGAGGCCUUGGGGCAACAGAUAUACUUUAUUUCUUAAGUGAGUGAACUGUAAGUUAUGUAAAUCGAUGCGUCAUUAUCACAUAAGUGUCAUUGUCCUGUGAGAAGCAACUUUUUUGUUGUUGCUGUUUUUGGAAGCCGACCAUGAAUAUUUAUGAAAAAGCAAUGUGAGAUGUCAGAGUUUUAAGGAACACUAAAUGAAUAAUAAGUAUUCCUUUAAGAUAGUAAGUGAUCAUCAUAAAAGCUCCAUUUGCUUAGAAUUAGACGCUAUGAAGAAUGUGGUCAACAUUUUAAGAAGGGAUUUGUUAGAUUCUGAUUGUCUUUGAAUGUUAUUGAAAUUUAUACUUAAAUAUCUGGGUGAAUUUCUAGAUUGUACCAUUUGAUAUGGGAUCCAGUGGCUCCACUAAGACUUAAGGAUUUCUUUUUCCUGUGCUGAGACAGUUUUGUAGCUUUCAGGCCUCAUUUCCACUUUAAAAGAAUAAUCCCUUUAAAACCAUCUUUUUUUUUUUUUUACUUUAAAAUACUGCCAACAUAAAAGUGUUAACUUUAUAUAUGCUAUUCUUUCUAAACACAGUAGGACUACAGGUGGUGCUUGAGUGAGUGAUGCUACAGCUUGUGCUUAUGCGUUUUGGUAACGUUUGCUGUCUUUUAUAAUUGUGCAGAGUGAAGGAACUAGCAGUUUUAAAGGCCAGACUCCAUACAAGGUUGUGUUACCGAGCAAUUUCUGAGAAGCUGGAACAUCUCAGGAGUUUGAUUUGGCAUGUUAAUUAGAAACACUACAGGAGAGCAAAGCUGUGCAUCUUUCAGUGACCAAAUACAUAUAUGUUUUUGUUUGUUUUAGUUUGUUUAGUUUUUUACUUCCAUCACUAAAUGCCUUAUUCCAAAGAUCUUUGAUUUACACACCUUAAUGUUGGAGUCAUCUUGUGACCUUUUUGCACAUAAUGUCCAGCCACCCUGCAACCCUGAAAUGGAUAAGUGGAAGAAGAUGGAUGGAUGGAUGGUGUUGGAAAUUGUAUGUGGCAGCUUUUGCUUUGUUUCACUAGUUUUUGCCUCUAAGUUGACAAUAAGUCCUGUAAGAUUUUGUCUUCUGCCGUUCGAUAUUGUUACAUGUAGGAGAUUCUAUAAGCUGUUAAUAAAAUCUGUAUAUUCUGCCGUGAACUGCUACAUACAAUCUUGUAUAGGGCUUUCCAUUUAUAGAAAGCUACCAAGAAUCAGAUUUUGGCCAUUUUUGACACUCAAAAUGUAAGUAAAAAAUGUUGGGAAUAUGCCAAAUAAAUGGUUUGUGCUUAUUA